AUGUCACAACAUCAAGAUACAUCUGCUUCUAAAAAUACUAAGUCUACUCAAAAGGUUAGUGCUCCUCCCAUGGGCAUUCCUGAUGAUGAGAUUCUGGAUGUUGUUCCUCUCUCUGUUAUUCCCUGUGAGGCCCUUGAUUUGAACCAAUCCAUUGAUGCCUCAACUUCUGCAUGCUCCAAUCAAGGUAACACCUCUAGUAUCCCUUCUGGUUUAACUCCUGCUGCUCACUCUAGGGAAGAUAAACACUCCACUGAUCGUGUUAUAAGAAACCUAGUCACUAGAAUCCUUAAUGAAAGUCACUCUGUGAAGGGAGUCUCUACUCCCCUGUCUCAAAUAUACCCCUCUCCUGAGGUUGAACAACAUAGUGAGAAGGAUGACGAUUCCUCCAGGCAAACCGUGUCUGAAAAAGGAAAAUCGGUGGCAUCUAAAACGGUCAAUGCUUCCCAUUCUGAGAAGCAUGAUGAUGCAAACGUUGUGAUUGACCUAGAGGAUGGUAGCUAUGAGGAUCAAGAGGAAAGCUUACUUCAUCACAUAAAGCCAAGUGUGGCUAAACGCAUGAAGACUCGCAAAGGUAAAUCUGUGGUUGAACUUAUGUCAGCUAGAAAAGCUAAGAAGACUACUGGUAUUGGUCCCUCUAAAUCUUGGAGCAAGGUUGAAGUGAAGAAGAGGAAGGUCAAAGAUGAUUCUGAGUCUGAAGAGGAUGUUGAGGAAGAUGUCCCUGACAUCUCGCCUGUGAAGAAAAGCACUGUUAGGAAGUCUCCGAGAAGGGUGGUUGUGGAAAGGGAGUUGGGAAAAGAUGCUGCUGAUGUCAAGGAGGUCAUGGACCUGAUAAAGGUUGUUGGGUUGUUGAAGACUGUGGCUGGGUUCUCUCAAUGCUAUGAGGGAAGAAAAAUUGAGGGUGCAGGUGAAUUAGAAGUUACAAACAAUGAGGUCUGUAGAGAGAUUACAGCUAGGCAGGUGAAAGGUUGGCCUGUUAAAAAGCAUCUUCCUGCUGGGAAGUUGACUGUCAAGUAUGCUAUCUUGCAUAAAAUAGGAGUUUUAAAUUGGGUCCCUACCAACCAUAUUUCCACCAUUGCUAAUACCCUUGGGAGGUUUAUUUUUACUGUUGGAACCAAAGUGAAAUUUGACUAUGAUAGAUUUUUGUUUGAACAAAUCAUCAAGCAUGCAUCUACUAAUGCAGUUAAGCUACCAAUUGCCUUUCCCUCUAUGAUCUGUGGAAUUAUCUUGAAUCAACACCCUGGUAUUUUGUGCUCUAAUGACUUACCUAGUAGAAGAAAACCUGCUCUAUCUGUGCACUAUAAACUGUUUGAAGGCAGUCAUGUCGAGGAUAUUGUCAUGACAUCUGUCAUGAAAAAGCCAACCUCAAAAGUUGGAAGAAUUGCGGAACUUAAGGAGAUUUGCAAAGAGCUGGGUGAAGGGAUAAGGGUAGCAACCGCUAGAAAACAAUCGUUGGAAGCCUUGAUUGCAAGCUUGGAGCAGGCUAAAGGUGAAAAUAUUGAAAAUGCUAAUGUCAGCCAUGAAGAAGAAGCUGAAGCCCACACCUCUAGUGAGAGGUCUACUAACAACGAUGACACAAGUGGCAAUUUUGUUUCUAGUGCUGAUGAAGCUGCAAGCUCAAGCUCUACUGAGUAA